UUUAAGGUAUCGCAUCAGUGACGUAUUGCACGCUCCGACCCUUUCUCUUCUGUGAUUGUCAGACAGCUCUUAAACGGAAAGACAUGAGGCUUUGGUGCCAGUCAGGCAUCUGUUUGCACACUGAACGUGCACACGGCUGCAAACCUGACAUCAGAGGGCGGAGCAGACUGGAAAACAGGAAGAUGUAAGCAGGUAAGGAAAGAGUGACACAGAUGAUGGGUAGAGUGAGUUAGAGGAAGAAUGAGAGAGAGCCUCACCUUGUGGAAACUACUAAAAUAAUAGCAGAAAAGCAGAGGGAGCGUCACGUCAAGGUACAGCCGUGCAUUUUUCAUUUUAUGAGAAACUUCAGAGAAAGCGCCGUUAUUCGGAUGACCCCCUUCAAAGCGCACUUUUAUGAGAGCGCACCAAUUUUUCUCUGCCCACAGAAUGGGGUUUGUGCAAUACGUUGUGGCUCUUUGGUUGUUGGCUGCACAGUUGGUGUUCACCUUUCCCACGGACACAGGAGAGACGGACAGUCAGGGGUGCCUGAUGUGCUCUGCAGGGACGUUUCAGAAAUCUUGUGCAGAGUGUGAGCCUUGUUCUGCCGGCAGCUACACUUCAACCCAGAACAAUGAGGACAGCUGUCAUCUCUGCUUCAGAGAUUGUUCACCAACAUCUCACCUGAGAGUGGUGAAGAACUGCACAAGUACUUCUGAUCUGAGGUGUGAAUGUGAGCCUGGUUACAGAUGCACCGAGAGGGUACCACACUCCAAAAACUGCAGACAAUGUCAAAGAAUAACGGUAGUGACGACUCCAGGUAAACCGAAGCAGGCGUCCUUUUCUGGUUCCCCCAGCCGCCCCAAACCCUGCCAGUCGCUCAACUGCGGUCUUCAAGCAACCGUGGGUACCACCACCAUGCCAGUCAAAGCAAACCCUCAGCUUGCAGCCAUCUUGUCUUCAUCUGCCUUCCUGGGAUUUGUGGCCCUCAUCAUCCUGCUGUGUAUUUAUCGCCCCACAAAUGGAAGAUGCUUGAGGCAGACUAUUACAAAGUUAUGCAAUGAGAAACGGAAAGACAUGUCUCAGCCCCCCAGGGACUCUUACACAGCCAGGCAGCAGCCCCCCUCAGCAGCCAACAUGGGUCCAGUCUACGUUCACAACCCGGGUACGGUCAUCUUCAGCUUGCUCAACCAGUUCACGGGGCAAGUUGGGCCGACCAUCAGUGGGAAGAGAGCUGAGAGAACAAGCAACGAGGAAGAGGAGGAGAGAAACUGCCCCGUGUUUCACCCCGCAUCUUCACCCGGCAUUCACUUCUCGGAGGAGGAAAGGAGCGGAGAGGUGGACAACAUAUUCUUCCCCUCCCAGGAGCAGGGAAAGGACUGCCACAUAUCCAAAGAGGAGGCCUUUGCUGGGAAGCCAUGACUGUUGCUGCAUUCUGACUGGCUAUUAAAAAAAAAUCACCUGAAGGAGGGACUUCUAAAAGAGCAGAAACAACAACCACAGAUGAGAAAAUAGGAGUUUUGAGGAUCACAGCUGCCAACAAACUGCAGAUUCUGGGAGAAAAAAACUGCACAAGAGGAACUCUCAUUUUUCUUUUUAAGUUAUAUUUAAAAAUACAUUUCUUGUAAAUAGUCUGUAAUGAUAAUACUUGAAUGUAAGAGUGAAAUAAAAUUAUGAUGUUAAAAAAAAA